GAAGCAUAGCUUCUUUUUGAAUCCAUCGGUAAUUCCUCCAGUCGUAUGGCGUGAUGGCGCAUGGCAUUUGCAACGAGUUCGCACCAUUCACUUGUUUUGGGUGACGUUGAAUGAGAGCUCGCCACCAAAACCGACUCUUGGAAGUCAAAAGCACACAAUUUCACAAUUUUGUUACUGGCUCCAUUCAAAACCGCUUCAUGCCACACGCACCGCGGUACUUUCACCGGCUCUCCACCAAUCUGAUUGAUUACAUCACUACGAUACAACCACAUUCAGCUGUAGAGGAGUAGAUAGAUAGUAGACAUGACAACAGGGCCAAAGCUAAAACCUCGGAGCUGGGAGGAACUCUACCAGCGCUAUCUGAUUAUAACGAUCAGCAUGGUCACUGUAACGUGAGUUAUGAGCAUUGCGACACCGGCUUGAGAUGCUUUGUUGCCAAGUUACGACGUACUAGAGACAAGCUUACAGCUGACCAACGCAAGAAACUGGACUUGAUUGGCUUUGAUUUAUCAACACUGGAAGAGCGACAAGAACGUAUGUGGGAGCGCAAGCUAGAGAGACUCAAGGAAUUUCGUAGAAACUUUGGGCACUCCAAUGUGCCACAGUCAGCGACAUUCGAUGCUGAUUUGUUCGCUUGGGCUCAAGAACUGGGAGCAUGGGUACAGGGCCAACGACAAUUAUACAAGCAGCAGAGAUUGUUGCCGCAUCGAUUGUUGAAGCUUGAAGCAAUUGGCUUUCAAUGGGUCCUUUGCGCGCGCACCAAGGAGAAAGACUCGACCAAGGAUGACAAGAAGUGGCAGGCAAUGUAUCUGCAGCUUGUUGACUUCCAACAUCAGCAUGGCCACGUCAAUGUUGCAAAACCACACCGAAAUGCUCCACAGGAUUACAGAAAGCUGGCUCAUUGGGUGUCAACUCAGAGAUGUGACCAGAAGAGUGGCAUCUUGCGCAAAAAUCGAAAGAAUCUGUUGGACAGUCUUGGCUUUGUGUGGAGGAUGGAAAAGGGGGACGCAGCAGCCUGGGAAGACUAUUACCAGGAGCUGAUCAAGUUCAAUGAAUUGAAUGGACACUUCAAUAUACCUACAAAGCACAGGUCCUUUCAUUGGGCACAUUUCCAACGCCGUGCUCGUCGACAAGGAACUCUUAGUAAGGAAAAAGAGGAGGCACUGAACAAGAUUGGAUUCAAUUGGGAAUCCAAAAAGAGGGGUUGGAACAUGAAGAAAGGCACUGAUGAAAGAGAGGUACAUGAUAAACGAAGGAAAACUGCACGUGAGCGAAAGGAACAUGUUGGAUCACGAGUGGCUGUGUACUGGUCAGAUGAUGAUGAAUACUAUGAGGGUGUGGUUACCAGGGAGCAAAAGGAUGGAACAUUCCAUGUGCGAUAUGACGAUGGUGAAUCAGAGUGGGUGUCCCCGGAUGCAUUCCAGUUCAAGUUCUUGAAAGAUGGAAAAUCUGCGAAGUUGGACAAUGGAAAGGUUGAAUUGUUGGCCAAAUUGGCAAAAGGAACCCGAGUUGCUGUGUGGUGGCCAUCUGAGGAAGAAUACUUCAAUGCUACAGUUAUGAAGAUUUGCAAUGACAAUGUGAAUCCGCACUACCUGUGGUAUGAUGAUGGUGAUUCCCAACAAACCAAUCUGCUUUACACAAAAUUCAAGCUCUUGGAAGAUGACCCCAAAGAUAAUUUGGAAUGUACAUUGAGCUGUACUUUGUGAGCGAAUGAGUGCAGUGGCAUCUCUGUCUGGUUCUGGUGGCCUUCAGACAAACUUGUGCAUGGAUAACUAUUUGAUUUGUCCAUGAACAAGAUUCUUUGUGAGGGCUUUCUGUGUGAACAAGUUUUUUGAUUUUCUUUUGACUACUUCCCAAUAACCUUUAGCUUGCAAUCAUCAAAAUUACUGUCCAAGUGUUUGCCUAUGUACAUUCCGAGAAGCUGGUGAUCCAGUGAAAGCUGCUCCUGCUCUCUGCCAAGUGAAUUGUUUCUUGCAAUCAAUCAAUUUAUUGGUCCAUUUUUUUGUUACUUAUUAUCUACAUAAAUAGUUAGCUGUUGUUUGUUCCUAG